UCAGUAUCUUUCACUAGUACAUUUUUUAAUUUUUUAAUCAAUCGUAUUUUCUAGUCCCGUAUAGGCCACGGCCCAUGACUAUCGAAGGCUAGGAUUGAUCGAGAUUAAGUCGAAGAAUUCGUUAAUCUAGUAAAUGCGUGCAUGCGUGCAUCUUUGUGUCGGGCAUCGGCUGUAUCGUUUAAUUCGUUAGUAAUUUUUGAGAUAGUACAACUUUUAAUCGCUCUCUGUGUAUUUCAAGUCCAAAGUGCGUUUGUUUUGUUGUGUAUAGUGUUAUAUGUGUCCGAGGAUGUCUUUAGAGGAAAAAUUCCAUGCAGCGGUCAACGUUAUUCGGAGUUUGCCCAAAAGUGGCACAUACCAGCCCAGCAAUGAGAUGAUGCUGCGUUUCUAUAGUUACUACAAGCAGGCCACGGAAGGGCCUUGCACGAAGGACAAGCCGGGGUUUUGGGACGUCGUCAAUAGAGCAAAAUGGGAGGCGUGGAAUAAACUGGGUCAUAUGUCAUCGGAAGAAGCGAUGCAGUCAUAUGUCACGGAGUUACACAAGAUCGUGGAGACGAUGUCGUUUAAUUCCGAUGUGGCGUCAUUCCUAUCAGUGGGGGAUGAUGAGCAAGGCUUCCCCAGCGCAGACCUCGAGCUGAUAGCGGGGGAUGUACUAGCCCGGUGCCGAGACUCGCAACGCACUUCGCCCAUGGAUUCCCGCUCAGUAAGCGGAGCAUCAUCACCAAUCCACAGCAGCCUAACGCCGCGCGUGAGACACGACAGUGACGACGAGUUCAUAGACACCGUAGACGACACUGUCAAUGAACCAGACAUUCCAGUUUUUACCGCACCUCGCCUCAGCAAUGGCCACGCGCAUCAGAUAUCUUCACAACUAACACAUCUGAAAGUACUGGAGCAAUUGCCCGGCGUGCUAGCGAGGUUGGAGGCGGACGUUGCUGCGCUGAGGAAAGCUGUUGAAGGCGACAGGAGGAUACUGGACGAAGUAUCACGCGGUUGGAGAUGGCCUUGGCAGGAACUCAGUCCGCCGACUAUGAUACUACUGGUUGUAUGGCCAUUCAUAGCGUUCCGGAUUGCUUCGCGGCUACAACGUAAAAACACUUAGUUGGUACUAUGUUCGCAGCAUAUUCUCUAGGUACUAAGUGACUUUUGGUGUUAACAUUUUACACGUAUACUUUUUAUAUUGGGAUGUGACGUAAUCGUUUUUUUUUUGUUGUAGCAACAUUUUAGUCACAAAGGAAUUUUUUAAUGGAACUUAAUUUAAAAUUAAGUCUUUUUCUGUUAUCCAAAAUGUUAUGUUUCAACAUAAUUUGGAUAGCAUGAGGCAUAAUUCGUUAGAAAUAUUCAUCUCUAAUCGUUCUUAUAAAUAUUAUGUUAUUGAAAGAAAACACUAGUUUUUAUGAGUCGUAUUUUUUUCGAAAACAAUACUAAUCCAAAAUAUAUAAGACUGAAAAUCAUACAUUUUUGAUAACAGAAGAAAAAUAACCAUACCUUUAAAGUACCUUAAAUUACAGUUUUAAUUAUUAAUAACUUUUAUUAUGUGACAUAACAAUUCAAAUAAAUAACUCAUUCUGAAUUCUUAAUAUUAAAUAUAUAAUAUUACCAAUUAUAUACACUAUUCUAUUACCUUUGGUACGUCUCUUUUUGAGGAUUUAUUUCUCUAUUUCUACUAUUAUUCAUUUCGUAGUUAUUCUUGACAUGGCGAAUACUACGAUUUGCCUUGACUCAACACACGUCGCGUUGACCACCAACCACUUGAAUUA